GAUCUCUGCUCCCUCUCCGAAACGUCUCAAUUCUCAAAUCCUGAAAUGUUUGUCCCAGCUGAGAAUACGGACUAUUUCGAUAAAAUCUGUGAUCCUGCACCCUCUACUAAGCGUAACAGUGUAGAAGGUGUGACAACCAUUCCUCACAAGAAUGCAAUCGACGUAGAUGAGAAUGAUCGUGUGACUUUGCUAAGUCGCGCCGAUGAAGAGGAAGUUUCAAAGGCUGUAGAGUUUAUAAAAACUUCCACACUACCUGCUGAGGAUCGUAAUGAUAUCUCUGACAUCGUGGAUCAGAAAAAGAUCGAAACUGAGGGUACAGUAAUCGACGACAUGGACGAGUUUGAGAAUACGCAGCGUGGUCAUCCAGUUAAAGCUCGACUAAGUUCGGAAUGCCGUAUGUCAGGGAUUAACGUGAAUGUUGAAUUUGCCACUCCCACCUCAGGAUCUAUUUUCAUCAAGGAAUUCAAUUUAGAGCUGUAUUUUAGGAUCACUUUGCCACUUGCCGAAUGGAGUUCUUAA